UAACAAAUAAAUAAAUAAAUUAAUAAAUCAAUCAUUCUUACAUAAAUACAAUCUAUAAUAUAUUUUUUAUUCAUAGAUAUAUAAUAAAUAAUACAACAAUAACAAACAAAUAAUAAAUUAUUCUAUAUUUUAGAUAUGAGUUAGCUUUAGAUUAAGAAGAAUACAAAGACACUUUCUUUAAGUUAGGCGAGAACUGAACACAAAUCUUAAGGGUAGCAUCAAUUUAAUAAACAAAAUUUGAAGGAAAAUUUGGAGCAGCCUUCAUAAUCAUAAUAGCCUCAAACUCUGCAUCAACAUCAUAUUUAAAAUUAAAAUCAAGUUUAAAGUUAGCAAAUUCAUUAGAAUUAGCAUCAAAUACUUGGUGCAUCUAAUAGAAAAUUAGUACCUAAAGUGCCCCAAGAAACAGUUCAAAAUUUAAAAGCUAAUGUAGGCAGAUUGACCAUUUUUAAGAAAAAGAUAUACAAAAGUGAAACUUAGAAUAGUGCAAAUAAUUUAAUUUCACAUCUCAAGAUAGUGAAAAAGCAAAAGCAAUUAAGUCGCAGUAUCUUCGAUAGCACAAAUAAACACACACUUUCUAUUUAAGAUAAAAUUAAAGAGCACAUUAGGCCUCUCAACCCUAACUAAUUUGUGAAAUCAGAACAAGGAAAGUGGGUUAAAGUAGCUCAAUAACCAAAGAAAAAAAUAUUUUUAUCUAGCGUUAAUUAAGGUAAUGAAGUCUCUUAAAAUAGUUCAUAGUUGACUAUAAAAGACAGGUAAGCUGAUAGCAGCUCUGUUUAAGCUAUGGGAAAAAGUACUUAGCUAAAAAGCGAAAAUUAUAUUCAUAAUAGCAUUAUGGCUGAUGAAGCAGAAGAAUUUAGCAGCAAGCAUCAGUAAAAUUAUUAAGGCGACGCCUAAAUCCUUGAUGAGGAAGAAGAAUAUUUAGAAUAAUACAACAACAAUGAAAUGCACUCAUAUAGCCAUAAUGAUUUAGCUCACCAUCGAGAGGAGCACUUGUCUGUCGAAAGAAAUAAACAUUAAGAUUCUUUUUAAGAAUCACACUGUGCAUAUUUACAAAAUGUGCCAUUAAAAUUUAAAGCAGACGAUAUUUUAAAUUUAGUUAAACAGGAGAAACAAAAUAUUCUUUAUAUUGAAUAGCAUGAUUAAUAAGGCGACUGGCUCAUUGGUGUGACUAACGAAGAAUCUUCUUACAGAAUUAUUUCAAUAAUUUAGAAAAAACUGGAAGGAUAUCAGAUACAAGCACAUCCUGCUACAUUAGAAAACAAAAACGAAAUUGAAAAUUAUGAUGGAGAAAUCCAUCACCACUAAUAACUGAAAUAAAACGAGUAAAAAGGCACUGAAGUUUAGAAUUAGCCAGCAAAAAAAUAACAACAAGCUAGAUAGCAGCAUCAUGAAGAUUAAAAUCACAUUAGAUCAUAAAAAGCAUUGAUUUCAUAGCAUCUAAAAGCGAAUGAUAACAAAUAAGCAUAAAAUAAUAACAGCAGCAACAUCAGAUAGAACUAGCAAAAAUUAACACCUUAAUCAAAAAUCCAAAGCUUUUAAGAAUAAAGCCACUACAGCAAUAAUCAAAGUAGUAUCUCUUCAAAUAGAAAUUAAGAAUUCUAAUCACAAUAAAGUCGCAGAGAUUCUGGAUUGUAUUCAGAUAAAAUGAAAUUAGAAGAAAACAACGAAGAAUUCGACGAAUAUAAAGACGAUAAUAAUAGAAAUAGCCCUGCUAGGUCUUACUCUUUUUAAAAACAGAAUCAUCAAAUAUCAAAUUAAGUUCAACAAAGUUAAAUGCAGAAUUAGCAGAAAGAAAACAUAAAUAGAUAUAGUAAUAUAAAAAGAAACAGCAGGAAUAUCCAAGAAAAUGAACAUCAAUAUUAAGUAGAAGAAGAAUAAGAAGAAGAAGAAGUCAACGAUGAUCAAGAUGAUAUUCAUAAUUAAACUCAUAAUGAUGAUAAUUACUACAAAAAUACACCCAGCAAAAAAUCAGCUGCUGCAAUCGAUGAUGAAAAGCAUCCCUCAAAGUAUCGUAGAGAUAACUCACACUCAUCCCAAAGGUCUAGAAGCUCUAAUAGAAGAGAUAACCUAUCAAGUGAAGAGAGGGAUCACAAUAAAUAUAGAAAUAGCCACAAUAAUAGAAACUAAUCACCUAGGAAGUUAGGAAAAACUAUUGAAAAACAUAACAAAAAUUCUACAAGGAGAAGUAAAGAAUAUGAAUACAACAGUAAAUAAAGAAACAGAGAUUCUUCAUCUGACAAUGAAAGAAACAGUAAAUAAAGAAAUAGAAAUAAUAGUGAUUAGUAUAAAAAUCAGAGAAACGAUGAUAAUAGUCAUAGAUACAAUAGAUAUUCUAAUGAAAGAUAAAAUAACAGUAAUAAUAGCAAUAACAACAAUAGCAGUAAUAGACACUCUCCUGAAAGGAGACCUUAGAAGUAUGGUAGAAAUUAAAGUGAUUAUAAUGAAGAUCGUGGUGACAGGUACAGAAAGGAAAAUAAAUACAGAGAAUCAGAUAGUUAGCGCCACUAGCAUUAGUAUUAAAAUUAGCACAAUAAUCAUAACUCCCAUCAAUACUACCAUAAUCAUCACCACAGAGAUUCUCAGCAUUAAUCUCACUACAAAUCGAAUUAGUACUAAAAUAACAGCAAGUAAAGGUCAGACAAUUACUCAAGUAGAAGAUGA